CCACUGAAACAGCACAAAAAUACACCUGAAAACUUCUCAGUACGUAGUUACAUCGAUGCUGUUGACAUUCGAUGAAUCAUUCGAUAGUGAUAAUCGAUAUUAAAUUCGAGAACUGUCAAUGACGCAAUCUACCGGGAGCAUUUGUUUACUCUUAAAGUGAUUUGAAGGUAACGUAUAGAUGGAGGUGCUAGCGCAGUACAAGAACAUGAAAGAUUAUAUGUUCCAAGACCAACGGCUGGAAACAUUUAGUGAAUGGCCGUUUGAUGAAGAUAGUUCAUGCAAUGCACAUAAGAUGGCAGAAGCAGGGUUCAUUUUCUGUGGCUCAAAAAGUGAGCCUGACCUUGCACAAUGUCAAGUGUGCCUCAAGAAGCUUGAUGGCUGGGAACAAGAUGAUGAACCAUGGAAAGAACACAAGAAGCAUUCUCCAUCAUGCUUGUAUGUGAAGAUUGGGAAGAAAGAGGCUGACAUGACUGUUGGCAACUAUUUCGACUUACCCUUGGAAAGGAGAAGAAAUAUCAUGAAAGAAGAAUAUGAAACCUACCGGGCUAGCUUCAUAGAAAUGGCUGCAGAAGUAAGGAAAAAAAUAACCAAAUUACGUAAAUUAAAGAAGUAAAAGUAUAAAUACUUCUUGUUCAUCUGUAUGCAAAGUACAUGAAGAAAUGCACAAGAAAUUAUAAAAAGAAGUUACAUAUUCACAUCUUACUGGCUUUGCUAACAUGACAUGUUUCACCAACAGUAAUUACGUAACUUAACCAGCUUAUCUUAGUAACCAUAUGUCUUUUACAAUUUGUUUCCAAAGUUUGGUAAAAUUAUUGUAUAUUAUGAUGUUAUUUAAGUUGCAUGAAUUACGGAAAUGAAUGAUUCCUAGUAUGAAUUGAUGUAUUGUACCUCAAGUUAACAUUUUCCUUUAUUAAAUGCUCAGUUUUACUGAUCCUCAAGUCAAGAAACUCAGUGUUGAAUUUCAUUUAAGAUUAUCCUUAGUUCAUUUAUUUACAUUUGAUGGAUCCUUUAUAUGGCUGGAAGACCAGUGGAUAUAGAAAUAGUCAAAGACAACAGGACAAAUCUCAUCAAUUAUGUAAAUAAAAAUUAAUUAUACUUAAUCCAUAACAAUUACACACAUUAUCCAAGACAAAUCACAAUGAGUAAGUCAACAUAUUGUCAAUAAUCCAAGAAAUUUGGUAUUAGUAGAUUUAGCGAUCUGAUUGUUACCGCAGUCAAUAUGUAUAUCCGCUGGACAGCUAUUCUUAGUCGAAAAUUGUAUAAAAUAUGUUUUAUCGAAAUUUAGUGUCAAUAAAUUAGCUUUAAACCAAUCA